UAGAGUUAUCAAGUUUCCAUAAAAUCAAAGACUCCUCUUUUAGGUACCAGACAAUAGUAGAUUUCUCGAAACAAUAUGUCCACAGAGGAAGAAUUCCAAGCUAAGCUUAAAGCUUGCUGCAAAAUGUGCAAUGUGUACCUUGACGAUUUAAAGGAGGAUAGAAAAGUUGAAGCCAGCUCUGACUUUAAUACAGCUACUUUUCAGCAAACCAUGGUAAACCUAGGGAAGAUCCUUUCACACAAUGCUACUAAAUUUACUUUAUCUUGCAAACCACCUCGUAAACCCAGCGACGCUAUUCACAUGAGUGGAGAAAUCAGUAAUACACUCUAUCGUAUUGUGGGAUUUUAUCACACUGUUCCAAACAGCAGUGGAAAACUUUACAAAUCAGCCUAUCGAUCCCUCUUAAGAGAUAUUUUGAACGGUGUCAUCAGUUUAUGUACUAGUUUCAUGUCGGAAGAGAACAAGAAAGAGACUGAAAAGGAACAGCAACAAAACAAAUUGCCUUUCAUGAUACCUACAGCUGCCCUCUGGGAAACAUGUGAAGAGGCAAUGAGCGAUAUCAAUUUACCUAAAAAUAACAAAGAGGCUACAUUAAAAGCGUGGAAACGGCUCACAGAAACGCUAAAUGAUGCUAGAGAAGAGGUACAUAAUAUUGUAGCUGGACAAGACAAAUCGUUAGGAUUUGACGAUAAUGAAGACACUGACGAUGAAAGAACAAAUUUAAACGAGGAGGAGUUAGAAGUAGCCAAGCAAUGUGCAAAAUUAGUAGAUAUGGCAGCUUUUGUAAUGCAGAAAAUCGAACGUCGUUGUAUAAAGGAAAGAGCAGAAAUGGAUGUGCCUGUACGAUGGUUAGACGAUAUUUAUGAAAAAUUGAAAGACCUAGUGGACGAGACAGAUGUUUUAGUCUCUCAAAUUUAUGAAGAAGAUUGUAACACCAUGAAAGAAGAAGCAAAAAAAUAUACCAGGGCAUCCAUAGAAUUAGUCAAGCUGGCUAAGCAAUGUGCACCCGAGGAGCAUACAGAAUGGUUCGUGAAAAUAGUAUGAUCUAAGUUUGUAUUGUGAUGAAGCUAGUAGGCUGUUCUAUUAGCAUCGAUUGGUGAUGGCAGGUUAAAGCGUGAAAUUUGCUGUCAUGACUGGUCCGUAAAUUUUCUUCACUAUUUUACGCUUCCGUGUCUCUCGUACACUGGCAGAAGAGUAAUAUAAUGUAGAUGAAAGAUGACAUACAUUUUUACCUUGAAAUUAUACAUUAUUAUUGUCAACGAUGUUGCUACCGGUGACAGUGAUACUUAAAAUUUGCCUUGCCUUGCACUUUUCAAACAUCAACUGCUUCACAAAUGGAAAAAUUAGAAGAGCACUGUGGAGAACUGGGAUAAAAUAGAUAAAGCUUUGAACGAAUUAUGGCUGGCUCGCUAUGCGACUAAAGAUGCUGUAAAUUAUAGAAGGAUGCCUAGAAAGGAAAAAGCUCUAUCAAUUGAUGCAUUCAGCCUUUAUCAUUUAUUCUUAGCAUAAUAAAUGCCCGUUUAUAAUCAUACC